UCAUUAGUUUCCCAUUGCCGCGCUCUUCGAUUGUCCUGGUAGGUCCUCAAUUCUAUUCUCUUGUCGUUUUAUUGUUUCACCAGCUUUGGUUGGUACUAUCCGAAAGUCAAUUGAUAUUCCCACCGCUCCGGUUGGACAGUUCAGCCCGGUGGUGCAUUUGGAGUCCUUCAAGCUUCGCAUCUUCCCUUCUUUUCGCGCUGUCAGUCGAGACGGCCCAGUUCGCUCUAUCACGUCGAAUCUAACCCUUCGCUAGGAAUCCAUCCCGGUCUCAUCGUCCGAAAGUCAUCAAUCCUCACCAUGUCUGCCAAAUCCAUCCUCGAAGCCGACGGCAAAGCCAUCCUCAACUACCACCUCACCCGCAGCCAACUCAUCAAGCCCUCGCCUCUUCCUCCGCCAACCACACACAACCCACCCCCGCGUCUCGCCAGCAUCUACUUCCCCGCAGAUGCCUCCGUGUCCGCCGUCCUGGAUCAGGCUGAGAUCAUGCACCCAUGGCUUCUCCAGAGAGACGUGCGCUUGGUCGCAAAGCCCGACCAGCUGAUCAAGCGACGUGGGAAGAGCGGCCUCCUGGCCUUGAACAAAACCUGGGAAGAGGCGCGAGAGUGGAUCGCCCAGCGCGCCGGCAACUUGCAGAAAGUUGAACACGUCGAGGGCUACCUCCGCCGCUUUUUGGUCGAGCCGUUCUGCCCGCACGAGUCCAACGAGGAGUAUUACAUCAAUAUCAACUCCGUCCGAGAGGGCGAUUGGAUCCUUUUCACUCACGAAGGUGGUGUCGAUGUCGGCGAUGUCGAUGAAAAGGCCGAGAAGAUCCUCAUCCCCGUCGACCUGUCCGAAUACCCAUCCAAUGCGGAGAUCGCAGCGACGUUAUUGAAGAAGGUUCCCAAGGGCGUGCAUAACGUCUUGGUCGACUUCAUUUCCCGCCUCUACGCCGUCUACGUCGAGUGUCAAUUCACCUACCUUGAAAUCAACCCCCUCGUUGUUAUCCCCAACGCCGACAAGACCUCUGCCAGCGUCCACUUCCUCGAUCUCGCCGCCAAACUCGACCAGACCGCCGAGUUCGAAUGCGGCGUCAAAUGGGCCAUCGCGCGCUCCCCAGCGGCUCUCGGUCUACCUGUCGCCCCCGCCACCUCCAAGGCCACCAAAGUCACCAUCGACGCCGGCCCGCCCAUGGAGUUUCCCGCCCCAUUCGGACGCGAAAUGUCCAAGGAGGAAGCCUACAUCGCUGAGAUGGACGCCAAGACCGGUGCAAGCUUGAAGCUGACCAUUUUGAAUUCUCAAGGACGUGUGUGGACGCUGGUCGCCGGUGGUGGUGCGUCGGUCGUGUACGCGGACGCCAUUGCCAGCGCCGGGUUCGCUGGCGAGUUGGCGAACUACGGCGAGUACAGUGGUGCGCCGACCGAGACCCAGACGUUCCAUUACGCAAAAACGGUCUUGGAUUUGAUGCUUCGGGCACCUCAGCACUCGGAAGGGAAGGUCCUGUUCAUCGGUGGUGGUAUCGCCAACUUCACCAACGUCGCCUCCACCUUCAAGGGCGUCAUCCGCGCUCUCCGCGAGGUCGCUCCUCAGCUCAACGAGCACAAAGUGCAAAUCUGGGUUCGUCGCGCUGGUCCCAACUACCAGGAGGGUCUCCGGAACAUCAAGGCCGUCGGCCAGGAGCUCGGCUUGAAUAUGCACGUCUUUGGACCGGAUAUGCACGUCUCCGGUAUUGUUCCGUUGGCGCUUCAAGGAAAGACGACCACCAUUCCGGAGUUCUCGACCUAGGUUCGAUGAGGAAGGGUCAGGUGAGAGUGUCGGUGUAGAACGGCUCGUGAGGUGGCAUCUAGCAUCGAGGAUGAUAUGGCGGAAAACGGUUUUCCACCGGGCAGGUGUUUGGCGACGAUUCAAUGUGGUAGGCUCAAACUUGGUUC